UGCUUCCCGGCCCCGCUGAAUCGCGCCGGGCUCGCGGCUCCCAUGGAGGGCGAUGAGGAAGAAGCGGAAUGAAUGGCAAGGGGAAGCGCUGCCCCUGACCAGCGGCAUCUCCGCGCGCAUCUCGCCGCCCGCCCGCCCGGCAUCUCGUAUUCCGGUCACUGCGAUCUGCUGUAAGGAGAGGAUGGCAAACAGCGACGCGGCCUCGUCCCCCGUCCACGUGCCCAAGAUGGAUGCGCUCAUCAUCCCGGUGACCAUGGAGGUGCCCUGCGACAGCCGCGGCCAGCGCAUGUGGUGGGCGUUCCUCGCCUCGUCCAUGGUCACCUUCUUUGGGGGACUCUUUAUCAUCCUGCUCUGGCGGACCCUCAAGUACCUGUGGACGGUGUGCUGCCACUGCGGCGGCAAGAGCAAGGAAGCCCAGAAAAUUAAUGGCAGUGGGGACACCCAGGCUGAUGGCACCUGCAAACCUACGGAUGAAAAAGAAGAGACUGUGGCAGCAGAAGUGGGCUGGAUGACCUCUGUAAAAGACUGGGCAGGAGUGAUGAUAUCUGCCCAGACUUUAACUGGCAGAGUUCUUGUUGUCUUAGUCUUCGCUCUUAGUAUUGGUGCUCUUGUAAUAUACUUCAUAGAUUCGUCAAACCCAAUAGAAUCCUGCCAGAAUUUCUACAAAGAUUUCACAUUACAGAUUGACAUGGCUUUCAACGUGUUCUUCCUUCUCUACUUUGGCUUGCGCUUCAUAGCAGCCAAUGACAAGCUGUGGUUUUGGCUGGAAGUUAACUCAGUGGUAGAUUUCUUCACAGUUCCUCCAGUGUUUGUGUCAGUGUAUUUAAACAGAAGUUGGCUUGGUUUAAGAUUUUUAAGAGCCCUUAGACUGAUACAGUUUUCAGAAAUUUUGCAGUUUCUGAAUAUCCUUAAAACAAGUAAUUCCAUCAAGCUGGUAAAUCUGUGCUCUAUAUUUAUUAGUACGUGGCUGACAGCAGCUGGGUUCAUACAUUUGGUGGAGAACUCAGGGGAUCCAUGGGAAAAUUUCCAAAAUAACCAACCGCUUACAUAUUGGGAAUGUGUUUAUUUACUAAUGGUUACUAUGUCCACUGUUGGUUAUGGAGAUGUUUAUGCAAAAACAACCCUUGGUCGCCUUUUCAUGGUCUUCUUCAUCCUCGGGGGAUUGGCCAUGUUUGCCAGCUACGUCCCUGAAAUCAUAGAGUUAAUAGGAAACCGCAAGAAAUAUGGUGGUUCCUAUAGUGCGGUUAGUGGAAGAAAGCACAUUGUUGUCUGUGGUCACAUAACACUUGAAAGUGUGUCGAACUUCUUAAAGGACUUCCUGCACAAGGAUAGGGAUGAUGUGAACGUGGAAAUCGUCUUUCUGCAUAAUAUCUCCCCUAACCUUGAGCUGGAAGCUCUUUUUAAACGACACUUCACUCAGGUGGAAUUUUAUCAGGGUUCGGUUCUCAAUCCACAUGACCUGGCAAGAGUAAAGAUAGAGUCAGCAGAUGCGUGCCUAAUCCUUGCCAAUAAAUAUUGCGCUGACCCAGAUGCUGAAGAUGCCUCCAAUAUUAUGAGAGUAAUUUCCAUAAAGAAUUACCAUCCGAAGAUAAGAAUUAUCACUCAGAUGCUGCAGUAUCAUAACAAGGCUCAUCUGCUAAAUAUCCCAAGCUGGAAUUGGAAAGAAGGCGAUGAUGCAAUAUGUCUUGCUGAACUCAAGCUGGGUUUCAUAGCCCAGAGCUGCCUGGCACCAGGUCUCUCAACAAUGUUAGCCAACCUCUUCUCCAUGAGGUCAUGCAUAAAGAUUGAAGAGGAUACAUGGCAGAAAUACUAUCUGGAAGGAGUCUCAAAUGAAAUGUAUACAGAAUAUCUAUCUAGUGCCUUUGUGGGUCUGUCCUUCCCUGCAGUUUGUGAGCUGGUGUUUGCAAAGCUGAAGCUUUUAAUGAUAGCCAUAGAAUACAAAUCGGAAAAACGGGAAAGCAGAAGCCGAAAGCGCAUAUUAAUCAAUCCGGGAAACCAUGUCAAGAUUCAAGAAGGUACUUUAGGAUUCUUCAUUGCAAGUGAUGCCAAAGAAGUAAAAAGGGCAUUUUUUUACUGCAAGGCCUGUCAUGAUGACAUCACAGAUCCCAAAAGGAUAAAAAAAUGUGGUUGCAAACGGCUGAUCUAUUCCAAGAUGUCCAUCUACAAGAGAAUGAAACUGGCAUGUUGUUUUGAUUGCGGACGCUCUGAGCGUGACUGCUCUUGCAUGUCAGGCAGUGUACAUAGUAAUAUGGACACCCUUGAGAGAGCCUUCCCACUUUCUUCUGUCUCUGUUAAUGAUUGCUCCACCAGUUUACGUGCCUUUGAAGAUGAGCAGCCGUCGACACUGUCGCCCAAAAAAAAGCAGCGAAAUGGAAGCAUGCGAAAUUCACCCAACUCCUCACCCAAACUGAUGAGGCAUGACCCCUUGUUAAUUCCCGGCAAUGAGCAGAUAGAGAACAUGGAUGCAAGCGUGAAAAAAUACGACUCUACGGGGAUGUUUCAUUGGUGUCCAGGCAAGGACAUUGAAAAGGUUAUUUUGACUCGAAGUGAAGCAGCAAUGACGGUUUUAAGUGGGCACGUAGUCGUUUGCAUAUUCGGGGAUGUUAACUCUGCAUUGAUUGGAUUAAGAAAUUUAGUGAUGCCAUUACGAGCCAGCAACUUUCACUAUCAUGAACUCAAACACAUUGUGUUUGUCGGUUCGCUUGAGUAUCUUAGAAGGGAAUGGGAGACGCUACAUAACUUCCCCAAGGUUUCAAUCUUGCCUGGUACGCCAUUAAGUCGGGCUGAUUUAAGGGCUGUCAACAUCAACCUCUGCGACAUGUGCGUUAUCCUGUCAGCCAAUCAGAAUAAUAUUGAUGAUGCUUCGCUGCAGGACAAGGAAUGCAUCUUGGCGUCACUCAACAUCAAAUCUAUGCAGUUUGAUGACAGCAUUGGGGUCUUGCAGGCUAAUUCCCAAGGGUUUACGCCACCAGGGAUGGAUAGGUCAUCUCCAGACAAUAGUCCAGUCCAUGGCCUGUUACGUCAGCCCUCCAUCACAACAGGAAUCAAUAUCCCUAUUAUAACAGAGCUAGUAAAUGAUUCAAAUGUUCAGUUUUUGGACCAAGAUGAUGACGAUGACCCCGACACAGAACUGUAUCUCACACAGCCGUUUGCCUGUGGAACUGCAUUUGCUGUCAGCGUACUGGAUUCUCUCAUGAGUGCAACAUACUUCAAUGACAAUAUCCUCACGCUGAUACGGACACUGGUAACAGGAGGAGCCACACCAGAGCUGGAAGCUCUGAUCGCUGAGGAGAACGCACUGAGAGGAGGGUACAGCACACCUCAGACGCUUGCAAACAGGGACAGGUGUCGAGUUGCACAGCUGGCUUUGUACGAUGGGCCUUUUGCAGACCUAGGGGAUGGUGGUUGUUAUGGAGACCUGUUUUGUAAAGCGUUGAAAACAUACAAUAUGCUUUGCUUUGGAAUUUACCGAUUGCGGGAUGCACAUCUAAAUACACCCAGCCAAUGCACUAAACGUUAUGUUAUUGCAAACCCUCCUUAUGAGUUUGAACUCAUGCCGACAGACUUGAUCUUCUGCUUGAUGCAGUUUGACCACAACGCCGGCCAAUCCCGGGCCAGUCUCUCGCAUUCCUCCCAUUCCUCAUACUCUUCCAGCAAGAAGAGUUCAUCAGCGCACUCCAUCCCCUCAACGGCAAACCGACAGAACCGCUCUAAGACCAGAGACUCCCGGGAAAAACAGAAUGCCACCAGGAUGAAUAGAAUGAGCCAAGCCGAAAAGAAAUGGUUUACAGAUGAGCCGGACAACGCCUACCCCAGAAACAUUCAAAUCAAGCCCAUGAGCACUCACAUGGCCAAUCAGAUCAAUCAGUACAAAUCUACAAGCAGCUUGAUACCACCCAUCAGAGAAGUUGAAGAUGAAUGUUGACUCCCCAGAGAAUGGACUUUUCAGGAAAAAAAAAUCCACCACAGGCCCAGCCAGCUUCACAAAUGGUGACGUGACAUUUAUGCCUCUCACAUGCCGAAUCGCCAGUGGAAAAGUUGCAAAGGGCAACCGCUAUGGCAAAAUAAAGUAGACAUCUGUUUGUCUGCCUUGAUUAUGGCUUCCAUGUAUUUUGGAAACUCUGUCAUUUAUAAAUGAACAUAAUCAAAAAUAGUCAUGUAUAGCCUCUAGCGUUUAAAAUUAUUUUUAUUUAUUAGACAAAAAAUAUAUUUUUCUUUUUUUCCAUGGUAAGGUACUUACCCUUAACACCCCAGUUAUGUGGCCAGACUCCUAAUCUUCACAACAAAGCCACUCUUUCUCUGUUUGUCUCUUAGGAGAAUGAUGGUCACAGUUAUUAAACAAUGCUACUAAAAGAGAGAAAUGAGAUACUAAACAAAGCCCUACAUGUAUUUUAAUAAAUCCCAAAGGAAGGGAAAAAAACCAACAUGUUUCUUAACUAGAAAAAGUGUAUUUUGUUCUGCAUCAGCACCAGCGCUUAAUAAAUUACAACUUAUCUAUUUUCAAAGGACAAAGUCAUAUUUUUAUAAAUUUAAACAGUUACUUCCACUUUGUGAGCAUUUCCUUACCAAAUUUAGUAAAGCUUAACCAACACAUAAUCUAAUGUGCCAAUCCCUUUCAGGACCAUAAUGUUAGCCCAGACACCAGAAAUAUUCUGUCAGGUUUACUUACAAAGCAUUAGUAUAACACACAGCACAUGAGUUAGCUCUUCAAAGUGGAGUUCAUUUAAAAUGUGCAAUACUGCUGUACUUCCAAAGUCGCAUCUUACUAGAAAACCUGAGUCCAUGUAAGAAUACAACCUUGAAAACAUCUCCCCCAUAGCCAGGUGUUUAAUUAAACAAGUGUAUUCUUUUUUGAGGCAUCAGUAACACAUUAGUCCCCUCCAUUGUAAACCCAAGGUAUUUAACUAAGACAUGAAUUAAACACAAUAAAACCAGGGCAAGAGUGCAAAGUUUAAAUCUGCUUUGACCUCUGCCAAUGGCUUCUCAUCUCUGCCACCAAAAGAACCCAUGGUCCUUUGGGUGAGUUCAAGUCUGGACACAAACUUGGCUGUUCAGGAUCAGCUGUGUCCUCACAUGUGGUUGCUUGGUACUUGCUGUCACAAAGUGAUGUCUCUCUUCAGAAGUACCUUAUGCUCUUGUUCUAGGUUGCCUCAGUUCCACAUAUAAAACAGUAAAAACUCAUAAGGCACUUAUUCAAUAGUAAACUCUGAGAAAAAACCUAUACAGACCUGUUUGCACCUACCAGUUGCUUAGUGGCUGACAAAAUUUACAGACAUCAAAUAAAAUGAUGAUCACUGCUACAGACACACAAGUGUUCUUGCCAAUUUACUAACUAAAUCUCAUCUGAAUAACUGAAAAAAAUAGCAAGUAGGUGAGGGAGUGAAGGGAAAAAAAGGACGCUGUGUCAGAGAAGAUAGGAACCCAUUUUACAAGAUCAUUGUUGCUUUCAAUAUUGGGCAAAGUAAAAAAUCAUUAAAUAAGACCAGAUACUGUCAUUAGAUAAGCAGUAUCAUCCAAUAGGGCAGGUACCACACCUAUGAACUUAUGCUAGAACAAACAUCUAUAAUGCCAUACUCCAACAUUUUACCUAAACUAUCUUGGCUUCUAUGUCUGUCUGCUGGCUGCAGUACAAAUAUAACCCUGCUGCCACUUAAUAGGCUUUGUUUUCAAGUGCAUUUAUGGACUGACACUAAUUUUUCUUAUACACACUUCGUAGAAUUAGUUACAAAGGAAAAUAAACUCUCCUAUGCUAUAUGUACAAUUGGCUUGCUUAAAAACUAUUUAGAAUUGCUCUCCUACAAAGAAACACAUUUACUUAAGCACUUUUUAUUAAUCCUGUUUCAUAGUAGCCAACUGCAAAGAAGAAACUGCUGGAUUGGCUGAGAACCACUUCAGCUAACAGCAAAUUCCCAUUUGCAUUCCAAUCUCACCACAGAUCGCUUUCCAUCUUAUGUUGCCAGCUGACACUCUUUUUUCAUUUGUGUACUGCCACAGUCUUAUUACCCAAGCAAAAUGCUGUUCUCAAUACCAGAAUCAUCAUCAUCUAAAUUUGUGUUCAAGAUAGGCAGACACAUUUGAACUUUAUAGGCCUCUGUUUUAUAGACAAGUAACAGAAAAUCCUUCUCAAAGCCUUCAGUCUUAGAAUACUUAAAUCGUGCUGUUUCUAAGCAUCCUUUCUUUCAGAAAGACACUUAUCACAUAAAUAAAAAAUAAAUAAAACUACUACCUACACUGCUCUGGCGUAUUGAACUACAUUAUCCUUUAACUGUAAUACUCUUGACACCACAAUGCCCACAGUAACUUAGCUUAGGACUUCAGAUAAACGAGAUUGAUUAUGCUUUUUGAUUGCUGCAAUAUCCAUUUAUACUAAUCAAAGAAUGACUGAGUGACCAUAACAUCUUACUCCUCCCUUGCAUUUAGAAGAUCAAGUUUGCAUUUUAUCUGUUUGUACCUAGGCAUAUCAAGGAACCUAAGGUUGAUUUCAUACCCUUUAUACAAUCAAUUAAAUCAGACUAGCUCAAAUAUGAUACCUUCUGUUCAGCAGAAUCAAUUGUGCUUAAGUUACAUGCUGGACAGAAAACCUUCAAACUUUAAUUAGUCACCUUUAACCAGAGACAGAGUCCAACUACUCAGAAAACUGACCCAGGUGAUGGAAAGCCAAAAACAAGCUCUUUGCACACCCCAGACUGAUUACAAGCAACAUAUGAAAUGCACUGUAUAAGCAAGGAUAUAGAACAUUUUUACUGAAUUAAAAUGCAUGUCUAGAAACUUAAUUUUUUCUUCCAAUCUAGUCAGACUUUAUAACACUUCCUAUCUGUUCCCUAUCUCCCACCCCAAAAUUGGAAUUGUCACACCAUCCAAAAUUCAUGCAUCCUUGCCAAAACAACAGGCCAUGGAAUUUUUGCACCGAAAAGAUGAUGCGCUUUCUGGAAUUCCAGCUGCCUUCCUUUUGACCCAAGCAAAAAUACAAACACAUACCCUUACUCCACAGUUAAGCACUAAAUACACUUCUACAUCUAUACCACAAGAAAUGCAAAAAGGAUUUCUCCUGAAUGCCAGACAAAGACCUUCCAACUUGCAGCACUUACUUUCCAAACUCAAAUUAUUUAAGACAGAGCCAUGUGAUCAUUCACCUGCAAGCAUACAAGAUUCCCAUGGCUAUCAAUCAGAGCUCCGAGGUUGGGCAAAAGGCAGCACACAGACAGUCUAAAGAGAAAAGAAUCUCACUGCACUGUCCACUGAAAUAUGCUGCUUUUAGGAAUUAAACUGAGAUAGCUGCAUGUGUUUCCCCAGCAUCUGGAACCAAAGAGUCAUCUACACCCCUUCAAAUCCAGUUAGUAUAGCCAUCUAAGUAUACUGCUGUGGCAGGCUAACUUUGCUCAGACAGAGCUAUCUGAACUGGAUACAGUGCCGCAUAACUGAUGCUAUGUUACUUCUGACCCUGAAGAUAGCCUACAGCUACCUCCCAAACCCAAAACAGUACAGCUACAUUCUGGUGGGGCCAGCCAGCAUCACACCUCAUUCUUCAAAACUAAGCAGGAUGCUGUAAGAAUGGUCAAGAGCAAAGAAAGGCACAAUGUCUGGGAACAGUUUUUCAGAUUUGAACAGAAAUCCCACUUCAAGGACUCUUCAGAGAAACCGGAAGAAAGCCCUAUAAUUUAGAAAUGACUCGCACUGAAUGUCACUAGAAACAAAGGCACUCGUUAACUAAUAGGGUAGGCCUCACACUUAAAUGCUGUGAACAACAUACAUUAGGCUUCCAACAUCAAUUUCUCUUAUAAAGAUGUAAAAAUGUCCUGAACUGCUCAAGCAAGUCUCCAAAACAUGAAAACCUCCUGUACACUGAAGUAGCCCUUUUCAUUUAAAAGCAAUACCCAAACAGAGACAAAGACCAGAAUGCAUAUGCAUCUGUCAUUUCAGUUACCUAGAACCAUCCUGGCUUUGACUUUCCAAGUUCCUAAGCUGCAUCGAGAAAACAAAGUAAUUAGAGCAGGAUUUGGUCUAUGACAUCUCUCCUUCACCUGUAUCAGGAUGCAGCCUCACUGCUCUAGGACAUAUCAUAACUCAUAGUCUGCUGCUCUCUGUCUACAGAGAGAUGCACCAAUAAACCUACGUUAGGACAUAAGACAAUGCCAAGAGAGUUCCUCAGGGUAAAAGACCUUACAGUCAACUUCUGUUAUGCCAAAUGGAAACCUAGUGGAUACAGCUAAAGGCACAAACAAUUGCCAGAGAUACACAUACUAAUUCAGAGACAGAGCUAGGAAAAAAGACCCUUGGCACUAGGACAACAUGACAGUGGCCUUUCAUCCAUCUCUGCACCCCACAUAGAAGGAUUUCCACAUUUGCUCUCUAUAGGAUGACAAGGAGGAAAAAGGCAAGGAGGUAAAGAAGGAGGAUUAUCUACAGCAAGUCUAAAACCUCUCACAGGUUUCAUGGAGCAGCUUAUGCCUUUUUAUAGCCCAUGCACUGGUGUAACAGCAGAUAGAAGUGAAGAUGGUGCUAUCCCAAAGAAAGAGUAAAGGUGCCUUGUGCCAAGGUUUGCACAUUUAACCUAAAGAUGCUGAAAGACUCAGGCUUCAGAGAUACAAUGAGAACAUAUGGACCUCAACAAAAUAGGUAGGAAAAACAUGAGGCAAGCUGUGUAUGAAGAAUAACAUGCUUCCUUUGAAUCUACACCUGAGUUAUCUGCAUCAUAGAUUCAUAGAUUGUAAGGCUGGAAGGGACCUUGGAAGAUCAUCAGGUCCAGCCCCCUGCACCAUGCAGGAAAGACUCCAGGUGACCCCAGCAAGGUGACCGUCCAGUCUCCUCUUGAAGAUUUUCCAGGGUUGUCGAUUGCACCACCUCUGGAGGGAGCUUAUUCCAUAGUCUGGACACCCUGACUGUGAAGUUUUUCCUAAUGUUGAGCCUGAAAUGGUCUUCCAGGAGCUUGUGGCCAUUACUCCUAGUUUUCCCCAAGGGUGCCCUGGUGAACAGUUGUUCACUGAGCCCUUGAUGUACUCCCCUGAUGUAGUGGUAAGCUGCUACCAGGUCCCCUCUCAGCCUUCUCUUCGUCAGGCUGAAGAGUCCCAGGUCCUUCGGCUUUUCCUUGUAUGCCUUGCCUUGCAGGUCUCUGAUCAUAUGGGUGGCCCUUCUCUGGAUUCUUUCAAGCUUUACCACAUCCUUGUUAAAGUGCGGCGCCCAGAACUGGACGCAGUACUCCAGCUGUGGUCUCAUCAGUGCUGAGUAGAGCGGAAGAAUAACUUUCUUCAUUUUGCUGGAGAUGCAUCGAUUGAUGAAUGCCAGAGUAUUAUUUGCCCUGCUGGCUACAAUGUCACACUGCUGGCUCAUAUCCAUACCGUGGUCAAUUAUUACCUCUAGGUCCCUUUCAUUUGUGGUGCUGGUCAGUUUGGUGCUGCCAAGCCUGUAGGGACUGUUCAUCCCCAGGUGGAGCACUUUACAUUUCUUGAUGUUGAACUUCAUCUGGUUCCGACCCACCCAACUUGCCAGCCUGUCUAGGUUCACCUGUAUCUGUAGUCUGUCUUCAGGCGUGACCACACUUCCCUAUAACUUGGUGUCAUCCUCAGACUUGGCCAGUGAACUCUUCACCCCCACAUCCAAAUCAUUAAGAUGUUGAAAAGCACUGGACCAAGCAUUAACCCCUGAGGGACCCCACUGGCCACUUCUCACCAGGAUGACACAGCUCCGUUCAUUAGAACUCUCUGGGUCCUACCCUGCAGCCAGCUUCGUACCCCCUUAACUGUCUCACAGUUGAGCCCACGAUCCUCCAAUUUUCUUGUGAAAACAUCAUGGGAUACCAGAUCAAAGGCUUUUUGGAAGUCAAGGUAUACAAUAUCAACCUUCUCUCUCUUCUCCAGGUGGCGAGUUACCUGAUUAUAAAAGAAGAUGAGGUUGGUAAGACAAGACCUGCCCACGAUGAAACCAUGCUAGCUGUCACUCAGAAUCCUACCUUCUGCAAGCCUAUCACACGUAGACUCCUUAAAUUAAUUUUUCCAGGAUUUUCUGCCAAGUUAUAUAUGUCUAAUUCUUUAAUUGAUCACACACAAGUUCUACAGCAGUAGUAGGAAGGCAGUCAUUCCUACCCUGCUCAUUCUGUACUCUAUCUGGCAUGACUGUCCCCUUGGCCUGGUGAAAUACCAAAGCAAAGUAGUCAUUCAGGAGUUCAGUUUUCUCCUGAGUGUCAGUAUCCAGAUGUCCUGAGUUAUUAAGCAAUGGCCCCAUGCUCCCAUUUGUUUUCCUCCUGUUUCCUACGUAUUUAAAGAAGGACUUCUUGUUGUCCUUGAUUCCCGUUGAUAAUUUAAGUUCAGUUGCCACCUUAGCCUUUCUAAUCUGAUCCCUAGAAGUGAAGGCUGUUGUUGUAUAGUCCUCCUUGGGGCCUGUCCCAAGCUUCCAUUGUUUGUAUGGCUCUUUCUUAAGAGGACCAUGAUUUUCCUGUUUAGCCAAGAAGGUUUCCCAGCCCUUUUGCUGCCUUUCCUCUGCAUGGGAAUGGACUUCCUUUGUGUUUCAAAGAUCAUGUCAAAGAGGAAGGAAGCGCAGAGAUCUUUAAAAAUGAAGGUGGCUUCAUACACAAUACUACAUUAAAAUAAGGAAAGAAUCUGACUCUUCAAAGGCUUUACCCAUACAUGCACAAGAAAUCAGACAUUGAUAUACACCAUUGAGAUAACUAUUUGCAGAACAACUCUUAAAAAAAUUAAAGCAACUGAAGACAGAAAUGAUCAUGUGUAAAAGCAAUAACUUACAAAUGGAUAAUUACUCAUGUUUCUACUGCCUCUUUGCUCACUAUCUGAUUCACAGAUACUGCAUCCACUACCAUGUGACAGAUAUCCAGCAUGGUCUAAAUGAUGCAAUAUACAGGGACACAUACUUAAGCUCUCCUCCAAGGAGCAUCUUUACAGUGGCUCUGGGAAGGCAACAAGUUUCAGUGUGUACCUGAAUUGCCUUUUUGAGGAAUGUGUAUCCCCUCAUUUCUUUCCUAUUAAGAUGGCUUUGCAUUAAAAACCAAAACAAAAGAAACCAUACACCCACAGGGAGAGAAAGUGUGACUGCUCUGGAGAAGUAGUUUAUUGCAGGGCCUACAUACCUACCAAAUGUUGGAUGAAAGAAAUGUGAUCCAGGUCUAUGGGACUCCAACAGGGAAAUCCAAGGGAGCAUGUGCCUUCUACUACACUGUUCACUGACUUCCUAGCACUCUACCAAUCCAGAAAGUUCUGGUGCUUCUUUAGAAGGUGGUCCCAAAAGUGGCCUAAAUCAUGAAAAGCCUCAUACCUCAAGCACCUAUACAAAGCACUUAAGAACACACAUGGAACUGUUGUAUAAGUCCAAAAUGAGUCCCAGAGUCCUUGUGCACAUGCAGGUCAGCAUGUCUAUCAUAUCAUCUGGCCCAUGUGAAGAUCAAACUCAAGGGUUAGAUGUUAUUCUACCAUUGUUUCUCAUGGAGCUAUGGAGUUUAUAGAAGCAUGCUUUCAUUUUCCUCAACAUCUUGAAAACAUUGGCAGUGCAGUCAUAAGCACUAUCAUAAAACAGGUGCAUUACCUAUGUGCAAAAUGCACCACUUUUGUGAAGAGCUGACCCUAAGUAUUCGAUACUACUUAAGUUUGAGAUGUACACUGGGAUUUAUAAUCUACAAGGUUCUGUAUAGGGGAAAGCUCAUUGCAAAACAAGAAAAGGUACUAUGCUAAAAUUGAAAAAAGCAAAUAAGCUGAACCUUUGCAGGCACCAAAGAGAAAUUCAUUGCAGCUAUGUUCUCAUAGAAAUUUGGGAAAUCAUCAAAUAAUCAUAGAAUUCAUUUCAAUCUUUGACUCAAAGGAAAGUAAAAGAAGUAUACACCUUGUGGGUCAAGUUUGAGGCUCAGUUCAUCUCAGCUGAUUCUUCAUCAUCAUUCUAUUUUUUGCAUUUUACCAGCUCCACCCUCACUGUCUUUUCCAUUCAUUACACUUCUUGUCCUGGUUCACUGACAUUUAACAUGCAUUCACUUGAACUAAAUUACACAUCUCACACCUUGCACAACCAUUUACUGAUAUGGCAAUGUUAAACAAAAAAUGAUGCGUGUACAAUCCAUAGUAGACUACAACAACAAAUAUCACCUUUAAGUAUCUGAGUCAAUAAAGCAUAACUGCUCUAUUACAAAACUACUACGAAAAUUAAAAACUACUAAUAAUUAGUUCCUAUCUAGAGACAGUAUCCUAAUUACCCCAUUUAUAAUCCUAAUCUAUAAAACAAAGAGGUUGAAAGAAAGUCUCCCACUGGUUAAUUCAGGGAAUUUAGGGAUAGUCUUCAUGGGUUUAAGGAUGGAUGUGCUCAAGCAUAUAGAAAUAAAAUGAAGAAACAAUUUUCUGAAACAAAUAAUAUAUUUUAACAAGUUCUAACCUGGAAAUGGGAAGAUUUCAGAUGUCUCAAAGAAUGUAGACAGCUUCAUCAAAAAUCAUGUUUAAACCCAAGUUGAGAAUUCUCUCCCACCAGACACGCUCUCUUCACUGUAUUCUUUGGGACACACGGAUUUCAAAAUGAAAAAUGACAGCCUUAAAAAUUGUGUGAUUUCAAAUUUCACAUUCUAGUGGCUUCCAAAGUUGGCCUUGUCUUUCAAAUCACUAUACACAUAUGAAAUGUGCGCAAGCAUUUUUCUACCUAGCCAUUCCUCAUAAUAAGGCACAGGAAAAAUACAAUGGUAAAGAAAACCAUUAAGUUAAACAAGAAUAAGGAGCAUGGCUUCAUCGUUCCUAUUUUUAGACAGGAUCGGCAAUAGAGAACAAAGGCUUGUGCUCAGAAACUUUGUCCUAUGUAAUAUCCAGUAACUAAUAUAUUGUCUUGUAAAAAGGGUUUGUACAUAACUUGUACAUGGUUUCAUUUUGUAUUUUUCUCAAAUUAAAAUGUAUUUGUGCUCUAACUCAA